AUGGAGGAUCGUCGCGCCUUGGCACGGCGGACCAAGCCCAUCCCGUGUUACGCCGUCGAGCAAUUGCCGCCGAAACACGGCGGCGACGCCCUGUACGAGUCCAUCGGCCGUGACGCCGUCGCCCAAGGCCGAGUCCGGCUCGUACAAGAAUUCCUCAUCCCGGCGUGCGACGCUCGGUCCUGGACCGUCACGGCGGGACAACUCUUCCGUAUCGUGUGCAGCCACGGACCACAAGUCGCCGAUCUCAAUUGCUGGCAUCGACACAAUCCACGGGAACGUUUUUACAGUGCCAAAACGCGGCAACUCCACGCCACGCACUUGAAUCCCGGCGAUCGACUCUGGAGUAACAUGCCCUACUUACGACCCCUGGCGACCAUGACGUACGAUACCAUUCGGUACGGAUGGGACGACGACGGAGCGGGUGUGCACGAUGUGAUUGGAUCGCGUUGUGACCCCUACACGCACUGUUUGCUCACCCACCAGGAUAACACGCAGACUUCCGCGACGACUCCGGUGGAAUCCCACGUGACAUGCCACAGCAACUUGACUCGCCAAUGUCUGCGGGACGGACUCACGGAAAUGGACGUCCACGACGUCCUGAACGUCUUUAUGUGUACCGGCUUUACCUUGGACACGCAUCAGUACUUUACGAAACCCUCCCCGGUCCAGGUGGGUGACUACGUAGAGUUCCUCGCCGAAACGGACCUCCGCGUCGCCGCCUCCACGUGUCCCCAAGGCGACGUUGGGUCCGCGUGUGGGGACACCAGGGAAACCCCCCGGACCUACCCCCUGACGGUCCAAGUCUUUGAUUGGACCGACGCCUACACAAACUACUUGACCGACGCCGGGUGGCAGCCAUCCACCGUCAACGGGUAUUCCCAAAGUCACGGACUCGCGACGGAAGGACCGUCGCGGUCCACAACGGCCACCAUACCGUAA